UGUGGGGCGGGGCGAUGACGAAAGGGUAGCAACAGUUGCCCGGGUGAAGGCAAGGCGCCAUAGUCACGGUAGUCCUAGCGACAAGAACCAAGCAACGGGAGUCAACAACAACAACCUAAAUAUAAGGGGAAAAGACUUCAACGACUAAAAAGGACAAUAUUGGGACAAACUAGAGAACUAGUGCCUCAAAGCAUUGGUUGCCAUGGCAACUUCUGGAUACUCAGAGGACCUUCAGCCUCAGCAGGCCAACACUGUAACCAUGGCAACACCAUCUCCUACCACACCCUCAUCCACAAAGACGGCACACUUCCUGUCCGAGAUCCCACCAACCUCUGGAGCCAUUGCAUCGGCUAACCAAUCAGUCACUGUCUCAAAAACAGGACAGGACGCACUUUGUUCUCAAGCGCCGCCCAUCAACCAGAAGGCAGUGGUUCUGACGACUCCCACGCAGCACUAUGUAACCCAAGAAAUCCAGCACUCUGCUGUCCAGAAAAGUAAUGGUCAGAGCAACUCGCCACAGUACAUCAUAGUAACUGUUACAGAGGGCUCAGUUCACUCCAAUGACAGCUUGUCAGACUCUAGCCCACCUGCCACUGGUGUUCCUACUCAGGUGGUCCAACCAGUGCAGACAACCCAACAGAGGUCAGUGUUGCAAGCGGUGUCGCAGGCAGCCAAGAGGAUUCAGAUUAAGAACCUAAAGUCUGGGGACAUUCACCAGGAGGUGGAGCAUGUGUACUCUGGCCAGGUGCAGUAUGUGGACGGAGGAGGAGAUGCAACUUUUACCACGUCCUCCAUUCGAUCGAGCAACUACCCUUUCUCCGACUCGCCCCUCUACUCGCAGACCCCUCCCUCCUCGUCCUCCUACUACGAGGCCACACCCAGCUCUGAGUCAGACAUCACUGGCUCUGUCACCUCGCAGCCCGUUUCUGUGGCAACAGCGGGAGCCAAUAGCGGGGGAACUGCUGCAGGCGGAGGGGGCUAUGUCAUUCAGGGAGGUUAUGUGUUAGGAGGAGCAGCAGCAGGUGGAGGAGGACAGAGUUACACCAGCCCUAACUCUCGUGCCCCACCCGCUACUGUGCAGUGGCUGUGUGAUAACUACGAGGGGGCAGAGGGGGUGAGUUUACCUCGCUGCACCCUCUACUACCACUACCUGCUGCACUGCCAGGAGCAGAAACUAGAACCUGUUAAUGCUGCAUCCUUCGGCAAACUCAUCAGGUCUGUCUUUAUGGGGUUGCGUACACGGAGAUUAGGGACCAGAGGGAACUCUAAGUACCACUACUAUGGACUGAGGAUCAAAUCUGGUUCCCCGCUGCUCAGGCUGAUGGAUGAACAACAGCACAUGGCGAUGAGGCAGCAGCCUUUCUCACAGAAAAACAGGAUAAAGCCACUUCAGAAGUCACAGGGGAUCACCAAUGGGACAUCAGGUGGGAUGGGUCAGCAGCAGGCGGCGGGACUAUGCGAUAUUUCGGCGCAGGUGCAACAGUACCAGCAGUUUCUGGAGGCAUCAAGGCCGCUGCCAGACUUUGUGGACAUUGAUCUGCAAGAUGGAACCCUGCCCGAUGGGAUCCUUUUAGAUCACCUCAAGGCCUUUCAGACUCUCUACAGGGAACACUGUGAGGCCAUCCUGGACGUGAUGGUCAACCUUCAGUUCACUCUUGUGGAGACACUUUGGAAAUCCUUCUGGCGGUUCAGCCAGAGCAGUGACAGUGAAUCACUUAACCUGCACAAUGAGUCUGAGAAGCGUCUGCCCAAAUCGUGCCUGGUGGUGCUGUGUAAGUAUGAGCCAGUGCUGCGCUGGACCAAAGAGUGUGACAACCUGCUCUACCAGACUCUGGUGGAGAUCCUCAUCCCUGAUGUACUGAGACCCAUCCCCAGUGCCUUAACCCAGGCCAUCCGCAACUUUGCCAAGAGUCUGGAGAACUGGUUGACAGGCGCCAUGAUGAACAUCCCGGAAGAGAUGGUUCGCAUAAAGGUGGUGUGUGUGGGCUCCUUCUCCCAGACGCUGCGCCGCUAUACCAGCCUGAACCACCUUGCCCAGGCAGCCCGCGCCGUCCUCCAGAACUCCGCCCAGAUCAACCAAAUGCUCUCAGACCUCAACAGGGUUGAUUUCACAAAUGUACAGGAGCAGGCAUCCUGGGUAUGUCAGUGUGAAGACCGUGUGGUACAGAGGCUGGAACAAGACUUUAAAAUGACCCUGCAGCAGCAGAACUCUCUGGAGCAGUGGGCUACCUGGCUGGAUGGCGUUGUCUCUGAAGCCCUGAAGCCCUACGAGCACAACCCUAUUGUUCUCCCAAAAGCUGCAAAGGUUUUCCUGCUCAACUGGUCCUUCUAUAGCUCUAUGGUAAUCCGGGACCUGACUUUGCGCAGUGCUGCCAGCUUUGGCUCCUUUCACCUGAUCCGCUUGCUGUAUGAUGAGUAUAUGUACUACCUGAUAGAACACCGGGUGGCCCAAGCUAAAGGAGUAACACCCAUUGCGGUCAUGGGAGAAUUUGCAAGCACUGUCAAGAGCCGAAUCUCUCCGGACCUGGAGAAAGAAGAAGAGGAGGAUGACGAGGAAGAGGAAAGCGAGGACGAGGGCGGAGAUCUCGUGCUGCAGUCCAGCUCGCUGAGAGCGGUUGAUGACGAGAAGGACACGAUGGAGCCGCCCGCCAAGCUGUCCAGGACCAGUUUCAAUCUGCACUCUCUGACCGACAGCACCCCAUCUUAGCCGCUCAUUUGUUUGGUCACCUGUCUGUAUAUUCUUGAUUCCCUCCUGCCCCGCCUUAACCACUGACCUGAUUGCUGAAAAAACAUAAGAAGACACCAGUGUCCUUCCUUGUACUCUACACUCAAAAAUAUCUUGUACCUUGCCUUUAAAGCAAUGACUAUGCAGGGCACUGUCUGAAAUAUACAAUGUUUUAAUCUCAGAGUAGCAUCUGGAAGGAUACUGCACCAUGGAUUUGUUUGGCACAUGGAUGUUGUUUGACAGAUAUGUGGAUGCCAUAUUUGACUUCAUUUCAUUUCUUAUUAAUUAUUAAUUAACUGAUACCCUGUGCCUUUGAGAGAUUUCUAGCCUAAAGAAAGCUUAUAUUCUAUAUAUUCUGUAUUGUGGAUUAAUAAAUGAAAGUCCUGUAAAGUAGUCUUGGUGUUGUCAUGAACUUUUACUAGAUGUGACAAAAAAGUUGAAAUGGUGACCGUCAAGCCUUGUGAUGAUUUUGCUCAGUUUGCUGUUCUUCAUCCACCUAUCCAUCCAUCCAUUCAUUCAAGAUCAUUUCUUUUAUGUACACACACACACACACAGUGUAUAUACGCUUCAUAGGUGCAGUGAAAGCUGAAUGGGCCACAGGACAAGAGCAAAGCUUAUCCCACCCAAUCAGCAGCACUUACUACACUGUAUCCAUGGCGACCUUUGUGCCAGCUAGAUGUACCAGCUACUUCUCAAAGUUUUUGUAGUGUAAAAGUAGAUGUGUAUUUUCUAGGUAUCUAUGUUGAACAUUUUGUAAAUAACCUAUAUUGUGUACCUUUGGUGAACAUUGUCACAUAUCUAAACUAUUUAUGUUGUUUAACCAUUGUUGCCUUAAAAAAUAUGUUGUGCUAUGUCCACUAUCCAGAUGACUGAACUAUAUUUUUUAUUGUGAUGAUGGACCAAGCAUGUGAAUAUGGAGACUUUCCAAAGAGCACAUGCUCAACCAGCAGCUUCUCAUGUGGCAUGAGCAGAUGUUGAUUUUAUGAAGUGUUGGACUGUCCUUCAGGAUGGUCUGACUACAAAGAUCCCACCAAAGAGCACUAAAUAGAAAACAAGAGUAUAUUUACAUGUAUGCAUAUGGUGAGGACAAACAAAAUAAAAUCAACUGGUAACUGUAAUGUCUAUAAAAAAUUGUGACUUAGUGCUGCUGAACCUUUUCUAAGAGCUCCUCUUGAUGUUAUUCUGAAGACAUUUGUACUUAAAUCUGUGAUCGUUUGUAGCUUUAUUCUCACUGUUAACUAAAAGAAUCUGAUUACUCUU